AUGGACCCAAAGAAAUCAAUAGAUGAUAAAUUCUCUAAGUUGCAUCCAAGUUUGCCAAUAGACACUAGAAUUGGCAUAGUGGGAGCAGGGCCAAGUGGCUUAUCAGCAGCCUAUGCACUAGCUAAACUCGGGUACUGCAAUGUAACCGUGUUUGAGAAAUGCAAGACUGUUUCAGGGAUGUGUGAGUCCAUUGACAUAGAAGGAAGAACAUAUGACUUGGGAGGACAAGUUAUAGCAGCAAACAGUGCGCCUGCUAUAACUCACCUGGCAAAAGAGGUAGGAGCUGAAUUCGAGGAGAUGGAUUCACACAAGCUUGCUCUGAUCGACAGCCAAACUGGAAAUAUUCGAGAUCUUGAAGUAGCUGAGGACUAUGUAUCCAUGGUAUCUCUGACGCUAAAACUACAGGAUGAAGCAAAUAAGUCAGGCCGAGUGGGCAUCCAUGCUCUCAGUGGAUUGGCUUCUGACCCAACUCCUCAGUUUUUGAGGCAGCAUGGGAUAAAUUCAGUUCCGAAAUCUGUAGCAUAUGGAUACACAGCUUCUGGCUAUGGUUUUGUUCAAGACAUGCCCUAUGCUUUCAUUCAAGAAUUCACUAGAACCUCUAUGGCUGGCAAAAUCCGACGUUUCAAGCAUGGCUACAUGAGCAUGUGGGAGAAACUUAGUCAGUCAUUACCAUUUGAAGUUCUUUGUGGCACGGAGGUUUUGAGAGUCAGGCGCAGCAGCGAUGGUGCAAGUGUAACCAUUAAGAAGGACAAUGGUGACAAACAAGUUAUGGAGUUUGACAAAAUUAUAUUCUCAGGUGCUCUUGCUUUUAAAAAUGGCAACACAUAUCGAUCUUCUAGUCUCACUGGUGAGCGUGAUUUAUUUUCAACUUUGUCUGAAGUCUGCGUUUCAGCUGUCUGA